AGGACUUUGAACUUUGAACACAUUAUGAACAGCAUGUUUGAAUGUUCUCCUAAUUAAUGUAAAUAGUAUUUAACAUGAAUAUGGAUCAGUUUAGCACAUUGUUUGCUGCUGUGUCAGGUGUAACUGUGAUUUACCUCUUUCAUUCACUCUUUUACACCUCUCACAUAUUAUUCAAAAAACAAACAGUUUUUGACUCCAAAAGACCUCUGCCAAGUUCUGUUUAUCUUAUGACCAGAUACAUUUGCGAAUCUUUACGGAAAAAACGAGGACAAAUGAGAAAGGACAGAGACACAAACGACCAGCUUGUUUUCACUUUAAUCAACUGUAGGUAUGAUGCAGUGUCUUUGCGGAGGUUCUGCAGUGUUGUAGGUUAUGGAUGGGACUAUCCUGACAGUGUUUUCAGAGAUAUACCCUUGUGCUACCCUCAGUUUCUCUUCUCCAGAUUACUUGCCAUGAUUGUGUGCUCAGACAGAUUCAAACUGUGCCCUUUUGGUCUGUUGGGCAUUUGUGAGACUCUACAUGUGCCCGAAGCUGUGGAUGAGUUGAAGAGAGCCUCAUUCUCCUUGCAGGCCAGAGUACUGGAAUACAGGUCUGUUAAUGCUGGUGUGGAGGUGGAUGUCUCUUUAACUGCAUCCAGAGAUCAACUGACCAUAUGGAGCAGCACACUGACUCUGCUGUCUCCUAAUAGCACAUACAGGCCUGAUGUUCAGCCUGACACAGAAAUCAUCCAUGAUCCUGCUUCAGAGAGGUGUAUCAGGCUGCCUGUUCCUUUGGCCACCAGUGUGAAAUGUGCCUGGGUGUUUGGUGACCUUUGCCCUCUUCAUGUGUUUUCUUUGCCCGGGUCUCGGCUGGGGUUCGCAUGCCCCAAUGUACACCCACUGUGGGUGUUCUCCAGAUGCAUGGCAGAGAUAGAAAAACACAAAGGAAGGCACACUAAGUCAUUUAUCUUGAAAUAUAAAUAA